AGAGAAACUUGGUUUUAAAAAUUUAUUAAACUGAGAAAUAUUUUACAUACAUAUGUGAUCUUAGUCAAUUAGUAUUAUCGAAUAUAAAUUUGUUACAAAUCCAGUUGAAUUAAAUUUUUUCAUAAUAAUGAUUUUAUUUUUUCUUGUACUUUUAACAUUUUCGGCUAUCAAUGGACAAACACCAUAUGGCGAAAAACCGUUGAAGAUCACAGUUCUUUAUGAAACACUAUGCGGUGAUAGUAGAGCAUUUUUUAGAAAUCAAUUACCUGAUGCAUAUCCAGCUCUUAAAAAUUAUAUAGACAUACAAUUUGUUCCAUUUGGAAAAGCAAACAGUUUUCAUAAUGGUGUUGAUUAUCAAUUUGCUUGUCAUUUUGGACCUGUAGAAUGUUAUGGAAAUAAAUUACAAUCAUGUAUGAUUAAUACAUUUGAUCGAAAUGCAGAUAUUCAUUAUGAGUUUACAAAAUGUUAUAUGACUUCAAAAUCACCUCGCAGUGAGGGAGAAGCCCAUGAUUUGGCAUACGAGUGUGCCAGGGCAAUUGGUCUACCAAAAGAACGAAUGGAUAGUUGCAUGAAUUCUAGAGAAGGUAUAUUGUUGCAAUUAAGAGACGAACAAGCUACAAAAUCUUUGCAGAAUCCUCUUCAAUUUGUUCCAACAAUCGUGUAUGAUGGUGUAUAUGACAAAGCCUUACAGGAUCAAUCGCUCACGAAUUUCAGGGGUGUUAUUUGUCAAUUAUUACUUGCGAAAGGUGUCAAUGAUAAUUUUAUACAACGUAUUUGCUAAAAUAAACUCACUUGUUUUUG